AUGUGGAGCGUGGUCUGUGAGCCAAUGGCGGCACAUUCUCUGGAGUUUUGGCCAAGGUUAUUUUAUCUGCGGGGUGUCAAUAUGUUCAACAGAGCACACGGAAGCAAUAGGACUCCAGGCAUGAUGGUGUUUGCUUGUAAUCCCAGCCCGUGUGUUGACCAGGUGUCCAAGUCAGUGAAAGAAAAGGCAUCGCUGCCCUGUCAUUACAACUUUUCUCAUGAAGAGCUGCCCAUAAUUCGGAUCUACUGGCAAAAACAUGGCAAAAUGGUGCUGUCUAUCAUCUCUGGGGUACGAGAAGUGUGGCCCGAGUAUAAGAACCGGACUUUACUUGACAACACUAACUACUCUCUUAUCAUCCUGGGCCUGGCCCUUUCAGACAGAGGCACAUACAACUGUGUCGUCCAAAAGAAUGAAAAAGGAACUUUUGAAGUUAAACACAUCACUGAUGUGGUGCUGUCCAUCAAAGCUGACUUCCCUACCCCCAACAUAACUGAGUCUGGAAAUCCAUCUGCCGACACUAAAAGGAUUACCUGCUUCACUUCUGGGGGUUUCCCAAAGCCUCGCCUCUCUUGGCUGGAAAACGAAAGAGAAUUAAAUGGCAUCAAUACAACAAUUUCCCAGGAUCCUAAAUCUGAACUGUACACCAUUAGUAGCCAACUAGAUUUCAAUACAACAUGCAACCACACCAUUGAGUGUUUCAUUGAAUAUGGAGAUGCUCAUGUGUCAGAAACCUUCACCUGGGAAAAAAAACCCCCCGAAGACCCUCCUGAUGAAAACAGCAAAAUUGUGCUCAUCAUGGCAGGAUCCGGUGCAGUAACUUUAGCUACUAUAGUCAUCAUCAUAUACUUCAUCUUUCAUAAGCACAGAAGCUGUUUCAGAAGAAGAAACAAGGCAAGCGAAGAAACUACCAACAGCCUUUACAUAGGGCCUGCAGAAGCGUCAGCUGAACAGACUGUCUGAAGGUCUCACCUAUAUUUGCAACUGACCUCUUCUGCAAACGUCUUCGGAAAUCUAGCACUACUCAACCAUGCCCUGAAAAUCUGUGUUCUCCAGCCUUACAGGGAA